GAACAACUCCUUCGAUAUGUUUAUUGACGAGGACUCGAGAUCUAAACUUAUUAACCUGUUUACCUCCAACGUGUCUCGAUCAAUACAAAAGGCAUAAAUACAUUCAUGGCUUCUGCGGAUAACUCUGGAAACCUUUCGGUCAUCGAUUCCGACGACGAAUUAGAUGACGGAAAGACUGCCUCGGAAGUCAAGCCAGGGGUCACACAUGCCGACACAAAAAAAGAACAAGAAUCCAAGCUUGAAAACAGUGGGAUACCAUCUCGUGAACUGACGAAAAAAAUAUUCAAUGAACUGGAAGCUCGAAAGCUGUUGAUGUUUUACAACGAUGAAUUGCAUAAAAGCAAAGUUGAAAUGUCUAUUUCGAAAGAAGAAGGAAAGGAAUCGGUUACAUUGUCUUCCCGUAAUCCCACCUUAUUAGUCACUGAGAAGCAGAGGCUAGGGAAUCUAUUAGAUAGUAUCAAAUGUCAAAAGAUGAUGUCUACCUGUAAGCCACAGAAUGAAAUUGACAGCAUCAUAGAAUCGCAAAACUUAAAGAUUCUACUGAGUAAAGAUGAAAAUGGACAGUUUGUUUUAUACUUCAAGGACCCAUUAGAAUAUGAAAAUCUGCAGUCUUCAAUGAAACCGAGUUCUUCUACGAGAAGACGAAACAGAACAUUUGAGUCUUCUGAAAACGCCAGUUUUUCUUCGGCAUCAGCUAAUAAAGACAAUGAUGAGUAUGAAAGUGGAUUAAAGUGGCAAUCAAAAAACGAAGAUGACAUUCAUGAAGUUUUAAGGGAAGAGGACAAUAGUUCUUCCACCACAUUUUUAGGAGAAAAUGUCCAGGUCAGAAAAGAAAUCAGACAAAAUGGAAUAUGCACAAAAAUAUAUAAAGGAUCGAUCAUCAAAGCUAAGGUAGAGGCCAUAGUAAACGCUGCAAAUGAAUAUCUUGACAAUUGUGGUGGUGUUGCUGAGGUCAUUUCAAAGGCUGCCGGUGGAGAAGUUGAUAGGGAAUGCAAAGACAAAAUGAGAAGAUGGACAAAAAUUAAAGUGACAGAAAACAUCGUUACUCGUGCGGGUAAUUUACCUUGUCAGUGGAUAAUCCAUGCAGUGGGGCCUCGCUGGAGUAACUACAAGGACAAAGAAGAAGCUCUGCAGAGUUUGUACAAAACAGUCGUCAAUAUCCUUUCAACAGCGAGUGAACGUCAAAUGAAGUCGGUAGUCAUGCCGCCUAUCAGUUCUGGGAUUUUUGGAGUUCCAAAACAGGCAUGUGCUGCAAUGUACAUAAAGGCGUUGCUUGAUUUUUCGGAAGAAUAUCAGAAAGCAAAGGUGAAAGAAUUUCACAUUAUUGACAACAAAUCAGACAUGCUGGAUUUGAUAUGCGAAGAAUAUGAAGAAUGUUACAAAAAAGGAAGAAAAUAUCUUGAACCAAGAACAGUUCUUGAAAGAUUACAAAUACGUUCUUAUAAAACAUCUGGCUGGUCGAAAAGCAAUAAUUUGAAUCCAAGCAAUAACUUUAGAACAAAUACAAGAAGUGAUGAUAGUAGUAAUAACAUCCUUCCGAAUACAGCACAGCGUGGUCAAAGUUUUCAAAAAUAUACAGUGAAGGAAAUCUCACCGGGUGAAUUUAGUAUAGACGAUAUAUUGAAGGUUGUCGUUUUUACGGAAAAUAUCCUUCAAUUGAAAAAUGUUGAUAUUCUUGUAUGUGCCGAAGGAAAGGACAAAAAUAUUUCCGGGAGGAUCGCUAAAACGAUUCUCGAGAAAGUUACUACAAAGGAGAAAAAACAUAUACAAAAAAUUAUUUCUGGCACACAGCAUUAUUCGGACGUAUUACAGACUAACUUCGGUGUAGGUGGUUACAAUAUGAUAUUCUUUGCUAUUGUGAGACGAUUUGGAGAUGGUAAACCACGACAUGAAGACUUAAAGUUGUUGGAAAACACAACGAGCAAUGUGCUAGAAAAAGCAAAUAAGAAAAAGAAAUCAGGGAGAAAGAACACACAAUUGUCAAUUGCAGUACCCCUUCUCGGCACAGGUUCUACAAAAAACACAGGAUAUUUACAAGACUACGCUAAUGUAAUGUGUGAUAGUAUUGUAGGCUUCAGAAAACACAUAGAGGACAAAACAAGGCUUCGAACCAUACAUUUAGUAAACUUCGACGAGUCCGCAACAAAAGCACUAGUUCAGGCUUUUAAAUCUCGUUUGUCAUCACAAACAGUAAAACAAAAUACUUUUAACUUCUCCCCCAUGGGUGCAUCUAAUCCAAAUCCUAAACGAUCACAGUUUGAUCGUACAAAAUACAAGUUGAAGGAAGAGUGGAGAGCAAUAGAAAAACCCAAGUACGAUUUUAAUAGCUUUAUUAAAGGGGUUGAAAAACAGAAGAAAACAUUGCAAGAAAAUACUAAGGAUAAUGGUAAUGAUGCAACGGGUAAUUUGGUAGUCAUUGAAUCAGAUGAAGAGAGUGAGACGGAGCAGUCCACGGAAGGCGCUUGCUCAGAUGUAGGAAAAACAGAGGUUAACAAAAGUGUUGACCCUGCUAAUGAUGAUUUUGUGUCGGAAGACUCAUCAUUGACUUGUGUGAUUUGUAUGGACACAGAAAUGGAAGAUCCUGUUAUAUUGAGGACAUGCCAUCAUCAAUUUUGUCGAGAUUGCAUUGAAGAUUAUUUCUCAAGCAAACCAGUUUGUCCAGUUUGCAACACGAUAUAUGGUGAAUUAUUUGGAAACCAGCCACCCGGAACAGCCACUGUAUAUAAGGAUUAUGCAUCAUUACCAGGAUUUUCUUGUUCUACUCUCAUCAUAGAUUACAAUAUCCCAGAUGGAAAACAAACGGAAGAGCAUCCGAAUCCAGAUCAGCCAUUCACGGGUGUUUCCCGCCAAGCUUAUCUUCCUGAUAAUGAAGAAGGAAAUAAGGUUCUCGGCAUGCUCGAGAAAGCUUUCAAGCAUCGCCUGAUUUUCACGAUUGGAUUUUCUCGUACUUCCGGAAAAGAUAAUAUGGUCACAUGGAAUGAUAUUCAUCACAAGACAAGACGAGAAGGAGGACCUGAGAAAUUUGGAUACCCUGAUCGAGAAUAUAUUGAACGGGUUAAAGAGGAGUUGGCAGCGAAGGGAAUAACAGAAAAUUGAAAAAGUGUUCCCAUCUCUUUAGGAGACAGGAAUAAAUUAUAAUUAAAAA